GGAAAGUGAGCAGGCACAGACACUGGCAGCCACCAGGAGCUCAAGUCUCCUUGGAAGCAGCAGGCUAGAAGAAAGGACAGAAGUGACUCUGGCUGUGAUGGGUAUCUUACUGGUCCUGAUGCUACUGGGCCACCUAACUGUGGUCACCUAUGGCCAUCCUACCCUGGAAGCACCAGAGAGGGUGACUGGGCCCUGGAAAGGGGAUGUGACUAUCCCCUGCACCUACGGCCCUCUGAAAAGCUAUACUCAAGUCUUGGUGAAGUGGCUGGUACAACGGCAGUUACACCCAGUCACCAUCUUCUUACAUGACUCCACUGGUGACCAUAUCCAGCAGGCAAAAUACCGAGGCCGUCUGCAUAUACGUAGUCAAAUUCCAGGGGAUGUGUCCCUUCAACUGGAUACUGUUGAAAUGGAUGAUCGAAGCCAUUAUACAUGUGAGGUCACCUGGCAGACCCCUGAUGGCAAUACUGUGGUGAAAGAUAAGAUCAUUGAGCUUCAAGUCCAGAAAUUGUCUGUCUCCAAGCCCACAGUGACAACUGACAGUGGUUAUGGCUUCACAGUGCCCCAGGGGAUGAGGAUAAGCCUUCAAUGCCAGGCCCAAGGCUCUCCCCCAAUCACUUAUACUUGGUACAAGGAAGAGACUAAUAACCCAGAACCUAUCAAAGUAAACGCCUCAAGUACCUUGUUCUUCAACCCUGCAGUGAUGGCUCACUCAGGAUCUUAUUUUUGUACUGCCAAGGGCAGAGUUGGUUCUGAGCAGCGCAGUGACAUUGUAAAGUUUGUGGUUAAAGACUCUUCAGAUCUAUCCAAGACCAAGACAGAGGCAUCUACAACCAUGCAAUCCUUCUCAGAAGCAACAACCUGGGAUGUGGCCACUGAAGUGACCUCAACCUUGGACAGGACCACUGAAGUGGACAGAAACUUUCAGGAUACUGUUGCUGGACCGGGAAGGGGUCUACCUAUCUUUGCCAUCAUCCUCAUCAUCUUCUUGUGCUGCAUGGUUGUUGUCACUAUGGCUUAUAUCAUACUCUGCCGGAAGACAUCCCAACAAGAGCAUGUCUAUGAAGUGACCAGCCAUAGGAUACAUCCCAGGGAGACCAGUGACUCCGGAGAAAACAUGAGGGUGUCCAUCUUUGCAAGUGGCUGCACCAUCAAUGAGGCAGCUUCCCAGGCUUUGAGUAAUGACUAUUCUGAUGAUCCCUGCCUGGGCCAGGAUCAACAGAUCAUUGCCCAGAUCAACGGUGACUACGCCCACCUGCUGCACACAGUACCAACAGAUUAUGAGAUGCUGGCCAGUGAAGGCAAGAACAUCUUUUAAAAAUGCCCCACAAGGUCAAGAUCUGCUGAUAUAGUUGCCUUAUUCAGUUCUUGCCUUCUGUAUAUAGGCUCCUUUCCUGCUACUUCUCUUCCUGGAUAGCCCAAAGUCUCUAUCCUGCUGAUGCUGCUGCCCCUGAAUGUAACUGCCUUUUCCUAAGAGAUUUUGGGUGCAUACCUCAAGCAAGACAACUGUCAGAUUUGGCCCUGGACUCUUCUAGUGUCUCUGCCUGAUAUAUCACUGCUCCUUUCCAAACACCAGAAAAUUACCCAUGGUACUAGAGCUUGGUCGGCAUGUCUCCAGUGUAUCAGAAGACUAGAGAAGGUUCGGUUCUGCCAACUCCAAUGAUCAAAAUCAUUUCCCCUUCUCCAGGGCCAGACAAUUUUUAAGUAGUGUUAUCUCACAGGCUGUGGUUCAGUUUUGCUACCACAUAGUGAGUCUUUUGCUCUGGUAUUCUUUUGAUGCUCAAUAAAUAUCUAAUCAUGCUGGCAA